UUUUGGGGUUGAAAGAGGGUUUUAGAAAAAAAAAAAAAAAAAACCUAGCUGCCAAAAUGGAUUCAUCUCUCAAUUCUGGUGAUUUGGAUCGAUUCCUCAGUCAAGAAAAGGAAAAAGCUAUGGUCAAUGAGAUGGUGACAAAGCUUACAAGUGUGUGCUGGGACAAGUGUAUCACAAGUACUCCUGGAAGCAAAUUUAGCUGGAGUGAAUCAGCUUGCCUUUCUAAUUGUGCUCAGCGUUACUUGGAUGUAACCCUUGUCAUUAUGAAACGCUUUCAGUCCAUGCAGUAAACCGGGGGAGACUUUGCCUGCAGUCCUGGUUACUAGUUGUAACCUUUUCUUGCUUCUCAACUGUUAAUUGUUUACUGAAAAUCUGCUGUAUUUUUUUUCACAGAAACAUAUUUUAUUCUGUUAAAAUUCCUAUACAAUGAUGGCUUUCAUA